AUGUCUAAUUUACUAGCUGGAAUAUUAUUUAAAUUCUGUCAGUUAAUUUUAGCAUUCCUUCACUUUGCUUAUUCCGGUUUGCUGUACUUUGAUUUGGCACAAAAUCUAAUUAGAAGAAAAUUAAAAAAAUUUUUUUUACAAAUACAAGUAUUGGAUUCUCAAGUAUUUGUAUCGAAUUUCGUGAAAGAACUCAAUAAGUGUCCUACGCAUUUAGUUAUUAUUGUGGGAGAAGAUGGUAUAGCGUUUAAAGAUUUUUCUAAUAUUGUUAUUUGGUGCUUAGCGGCUAAAAUUAGCUUUCUUAGUUUUUAUGAUUAUACCGGACGCUUGAAAAAUGAACAGAAUAAUUAUUAUAAUUAUUUGAUCGAUAAAAGUAAAAUUAACCCUAAUUAUUUGUCAUUAGCCUCAGGGAAACAAAAUUUGAAAAAUGGUCAAAAAAUAAAUUGUAAAAUUUAUUUAAAUUUUUUAUCAAUUGAAGAUGGGAAAAGAAAAUUUGUCGAAUUAACUAAAGAAAUAAGCAAAAAUGUCGCUUGCAAUAAUAUAAGUAUUUCAGACAUAAAUGAACAAUAUAUAAAUAAUGAAUUAUUUAAACUUUGUGGGCUUCCUGAUCCUGAAUUAGUCGUUAUUUCCGGAACAAUUUAUAGUUCAUUCGGGUUGUUACCCUGGCACAUUAGAGUCACAGAAUUUUUGCAAACAAUAAGUCUGAAAGAUAUUCAGAUAACAGAUUUUGUCGAUAUAUUAGAAAAAUAUUCAUCAUGUAAUCAACGAUUUGGAAAAUAA